UUGGUAAUAGACCUUUUUAUGUGCCUCCAUCGCCUGUCAUUGGAUGCCACUGGUCAUGUGUGAGAGGCAAACGUCUUCAUGGCUCUUUUCCUGAUUUCCCAGGCGAUUUUUUUCCCACUGCAUUCUGCGUCUAUGCUGCUCAAACCGAUGCGCCACGGUCCGCUUUCUUAAAAAAAAAAAAAAAUUCUGAAUUCUGUCAGUCGUUCCAUAAACGUGCGAAACUGUGCGUAUCUUUUUUUUUUUGGCGGAACAGCUCUGCUCUCGCUCUCCUGGAUGACAAGAGGGGUGCGUUUCAACUUUGUCAGUGUCUGACCUCGACAUGCACACCGCAGCACAAGCACUCAUCUAGAUGCGGCGCCUAGGUAAACCUCAGAAAAUGAACAUGGAUUACAUCCCGGCUACAGGUCGAGGUGAGAGCAGUGAUGAAUGCGUGAGGGAAAUAAAAGAGCUCUGCGCAGAUUUCGGUCACAGACUGGAGCGACGGUGGGAAACACCAAUCACGUGAAUAAACAACACUCAUGCUACAGGAUAGAGCCGCACUGGUUUAUUUGCUUUGAAUCAACAAAAUGCAGAAAGCAACAUAUUACGAUAACUCUGGACUUUUUGGAAACUACACCUACCCAAAACCAGACUCCUACACCUAUGGCCCCGCACACCAGUCCUACCCCACAUCUAACAUUGAGAGUGACUAUCAGGGCCCAGUGUGUCCCAUCCAGACCUCUGCUGUCCGACCACCUCUCAAAGACAGUGACCUGAACGGUGACUGCAUGCGGCAGAGCAGCAGCAGUCAAACCAAUGGCAGCAGCCAAGCCACUAGUAUUGGGGAGCAGCAGGCGCCUCCACUGUCUGCAUCUUCUCCCAGCUCCACCAGCCCUGUAUCCCAGAAGAAAAAAUCUCUAUCUGGCAGCGGCUCCAGCAGUAGUACACCAGUGCUCACCAAGCAGAUAUUCCCCUGGAUGAAGGAGUCCAGGCAGAACGCGAAGCAGAAGGGCAACUGCACUACUCCAGGUGGUGAGGUGAGUGAUGAGAAGAGUCCACCCGGACCUGCCUCCAAACGGGUCAGAACUGCUUAUACCAGUGCGCAACUCGUGGAGCUGGAGAAGGAGUUUCACUUUAACCGCUAUCUGUGUCGCCCUCGGAGAGUGGAGAUGGCAAAUCUAUUGAAUCUCACCGAGCGUCAAAUAAAGAUCUGGUUUCAGAACAGGAGGAUGAAAUACAAAAAGGACCAGAAGUCUAAAGGGCUCGCACACUCUCCCCUGGGGCACUCCCCGGAUAGAAGCCCGCCGCUGAGUGGCCCAAAUCACAUUGGAUACUCUGGCCAGCACCAAAACGUGAACAGCCUCAGCUAUGACGCGCCCUCGCCCCCGUCCUUCGCCAAACCCCAGCAGAACAUGUACGGCUUGGCCGCGUACACGGCGCCCUUGGGCGGCUGCAUCCCGCAGCAGAAGAGGUACCCGGGCUCCGAGUACGAACACCACAGCAUGCAGAGCAACGGCGGCUUUGCCAACGCCAAUUUGCAAGGCAGCCCCGUUUAUGUGGGUGGGAAUUUUGUUGAUUCCAUGCCAGCCUCGGGCCCCAUGUUCAACCUCGGCCAUCUUCCCCACCCGUCAUCCACCAGUGUGGACUACAGCUGUGCCGCUCAGAUCCCAGGAAACCACCACCACGGACCCUGUGAUCCACAUCCCACAUACACAGACCUCACCUCUCACCAAGCGUCUCAGGGACGGAUUCAGGAAGCACCGAAACUCACGCAUUUGUAAUAUGUGUAUGUCUCUGUGUACGCGCGUGUGCGCGUGCGUGUGUGUAUGUAUGUAUGUAUGUGUGUGCCAAAUUACGUUGCGCUCUUUUUAUUACCUCACU